AGAAGGGUGGGGGAGAGGUGGGUUGGAGGUUUGGGAUUGGGGAGAGUAGUUGAUGUUAAGGUAUGGCAGGUAUUUUUAGGGGGGGGAUGGCGGAAGAGUGUGGAUGGGAGAUGAGGCGGGGGGAUGGAAUUGACGAGAGGAAGAGCUCUAAAGCAGCCUUGGGGGAAAGCCGAAGCGGUUCGCACACGCCUUACACGUCACAAGCCUCUGGGAUCGCUCCUUUACGGAAUCCCUCCUUUACGGAAUCCCACCUUUACGACGCUCUGCUAGCAGCUCUUCGGCGAAGACGCUUGGUCACAGCCGGGAUAAAAUCGCGUCCCGGAAAACCUGCCCACACUGACACAUGCGUCCUUAUUUGUCUCUCCGUCUUCCCCCGACGGCCGGCGCACACUGCUCAUCUCCCACGAACUCGACCUCCCGUCGACCAUGCCCCCGCAUGGGACUCGAGAGCAACAACGCGCAAGUUCCCUGUUGUGCCUGGCGAUCGGCCAUGCUGGGUGCUCGCUCAGCUGCUGUGCCUGUUAGGAAGCCCGGUACCCGUCAGCUGGACCCUUCAAUGGAUGGACAGGUUCCUUAGGAGGCAUUCAUUUCUCCGAAGCGGGUGGUCGCCUUCACAGCUACGACAAUGUCGAACAUUCAGGGAUGGCUCGAAGGAGUCUCCACCGGACGCACUAUCAUCGAUCAUUUGCGCGUUUCGGCAUGAGGUGCUGCAUCAGGUGCGGCCUCCGUGGUGUGGACUGUUUUCUUGGCUGGAGCCGUUGAAGUAUGCUCGGCGGAUUUGAUUGCUUGGUUUGGUGCAGUUGGGCCAGUUGCU